AUGUGGGGCCGUUUCCUGGCCCCGGAGGCUGGCGGCCGGGACAGCCCCGGCGGGUCCCGCAGCUUCCCUGCGGGCUCAGAUUAUUCAUCAGCAUGGUUACCUGGUAAUGAGUCAUUGUGGCAGGCCACAACUGUUCCAUCUAGCCAUCGGAAUAACCAUAUCAGGAGACACAGUAUAACUUCUGACAGUGGGGACACUGGCAUUGGCACUUCCUGUUCUGACAGUGUGGAAGAUCACUCAACGUCAAGUGGCACACUAUCUUUUAAACCUAGUCGAUCAUUGGUUACUCUUCCCACUGCCCAUGUGAUGCCAUCUAACUCCAGUGCUUCAAUUUCCAAACACAGGGAAUCUUUAGCAUCAGAUGGCUCUAAAUGGAGUACAAGCCUCAUGCACACACUGGGAGACCACAGAAGACAGGAGCAGGACUCUUCACUAGACAUGAAGGACUUCAGGCCUCUACGGAAAUGGUCAUCUUUGUCCAAACUUACUGCCCCGGAUAACUGUAACCAGAGUGGCAUUGUAUACACAGACGAGUUGAGGAAUGAGCUGCAAAAGACAGGGAAGGGCAAGGCUUUCCCAAACCAUGUAAGGACCUUUGGGCCUAGUUGCUUACAUGACAGUAUGGAGAUGCUUAAGCUGGAAGGCAAGGAAAUAAAUAAAACACGGUCAUCAACUCUGGAUUGCAAGUAUAAAUUUGAGAGCUACAACAAAGAGGACAUCAGAGCCGCCUCCUCUGCUCUCAGGAGACAGACCUUAGACAUGACUUACAGUGCCUUACCUGAGAGCAAGCCCAUUGUGACAGGUUCAGAGGCUUUUGAGUCUCCAAAAUAUUCAAUGCUUGGCCAGCAGGCAGUAGGUGGAGUUCCCAUUCAACCUUCUGUGAGGACACAGAUGUGGCUUACAGAACAGUUACGGACAAAUCCAUUGGAAGGCAGAACUACAGAGGAUUCUUACAGCUUAGCUCCUUGGCAACAGCCACCAAUAGAAGAGUUUCAUCAAGGAAGUGAAGCACCAAUGCAGGUUUUGCCUGGAUCAUCCCGUCAGAGUUGCUCACCUUCUGGCUUUCAGGAUUUCAGUAAGUGGGAAUCAGUAUUGAAAAUAAAAGAAGGACUUCUAAGGCAGAAGGAAAUCGUAAUUGAUAGGCAGAAGCAACAAAUUAACCACUUACAUGAAAGGAUAAGAGAUAAUGAGCUACGGGCCCAACAUGCCAUGCUGGGGCAUUAUGUGAACUGUGAAGACUCUUACAUGAGCAGUUUUCAGCCACAAUAUGAGAACAGUUCAGUCCAGACUCCAUUUUCGGAGCAGUCAUUGUCCCAUCCCCAGCAAGAGGAACUUGAGCAAAAGCUAGCAUCUACUGAGAAAGAAGUGUCACAGCUCAACGAGUUUCUUAAACAAAGAAUAAACCAAUUUAGUGAAGAGAAGAAGAAAUUGGAGGAAAAGCUGAAAACCAGAGAUAGAUACAUCAACAGCCUGAAAAAGAAAUGCCAGAAGGAAGCUGAGCAAAACAAAGAAAAGCAGAGAAGAAUUGAGACAUUGGAAAAGUACCUGGCCGAUCUUCCAACUCUAGAUGAUGUACAGAGUCAGAGUCUACAGCUGCAAGUUCUUGAAGAAAAAAACAAGAAUUUGCAAGAGACUUUGAUAGACACAGAGAAGAAGCUUGAGGAGAUUAAGAAGCAAUGUCAAGAGAAAGAGCUACAGCUCCUGUGCCAGAAGAAGAAGGAAAAGGAGCUGGUGACUUCUGUGCAGAGCUUACAACAAAAAGUAGAAAAAUGCCUUGAAGAUGGAAUACGCCUUCCCAUGUUGGAUGCGAAACAGCUCCAAAGUGAAAAUGACAAUCUCAGAGAGCAGAAUGCGACUGCCAGUAAGAUAAUAGAGAGCCAGCAGGAUGAAAUUAACAGAAUGAUUUUAGAAAUUCAGUCUAUGCAAGGGGAUCUUUCUAAAGAGAAACGGACUGCAAAGAGCAUGGUAGAAGAGCUCGGAAGAAAAGAAGGAAGCCUCCAGAGGUUAACAGAAGCACUGCUCCAAAACCAAAGACAAACAGGAGAGACAUACUCUUUACUGGAUCAGGGCCAGGAAGCAGAGCAGUCUGGGCUGCAGACCCUCCAUUCUAAGUGGCCUCUCUUUGAUCUGACUGUGAUUGACCAGCUGUUCAAGGAAAUGUCUUAUUGUUUGUUUGACUUGAAAGCAUUGUGUAGCAUUCUUAAUCAACGAGCUCAGGGCCAGGAACCUAACCUGUCGUUAUUACUGGGAAUCAGAUCAAUGAACUGUUCAGCUGAAGAGACUGAAAAUGACCACAGCCCAGAAGCACUCACUAAAAAGCUCUCAGAUGUGUGCCAGUUACGGAGGGACAUUGAUGAAUUAAGGACUACAAUAUCAGACCGCUAUGCUCAGGACAUGGGAGACAACUGUGUUACCCAGUGAUCAAGUGUUGGGCCACAGCAACAAUGAUCCAUUGUGAAAUGUGUUAGACUCCUUUGGUUAUUUUAGGACUAUAAGGGAAAGGUGAAGCUCCUUGUAGUGGACUUCAGCUUUGUUGUUUCUGUUGUUAGGUUUGCUUUUCUGAGGAAGUUUGACGGGGCUGAUCAAAUCAGGCAAGCAAUCAUGUUACUAUUUGAAAAAUGAGAUAAUGUCUGAAAGAAAAAGAACAAAACAACCUGCAUUUUCAAACUACUGAUUGUAGGACCAAGCUGUGAACAGUGCUCUUCAGAUAAAGGCAUAGGGUUUCCUUACUCCUGUCAUUUUGUGUACAUACAUGUGAGUGCUCGUUCAUUCUCUUGCUUGAUCACUCUGUCUCCGUCUGUCUUUCUGUCUGUGUGUGCUUGCCAUGCAUGUGCAUUUGCAUAUGCAUGGACUCUGUCAACACAAUAAUGGGAUUUCAAGGGUCAAAGCAAGACUUUAAAAGGCACACACUGUUGAUUCUUCACUUUGGAUUUUUCUAGGCAGACUGACCUGAUCCAGUUCCAGGGCAGUGUUCUAAUACAGAAGGCUAGCAAGCAAAAUCAUUAGUACUUUAAAAAGUGGCUGUAUUGAGAUGGUGUGCUUGCACAGUUGGGCUGAUUUUGGCACUGGGGACAGCUGUUUCAUUCCAAAGUGGUCAUAGAUUGUCUCAGCAGUGUGAAGCUGCCAUGAGGAUUUUUCCAUUGGCUUUGUAUGAAAAGUUAAUAUACAAAAAGUAAUUGCAAUUAAUUUCAGCAUACCCCUUACUAUUUGUAAUCUUUAUUUAUGAUAUAUAUAUGUAAAGAGAGCCAUAUAAAAUUAAUAGGAGCCUUCUGAGGCCUUCAGUGACUAGUAUAAAAAGGAAGAUGAUAAAGUAACUCUGGCAGGGCUGAUUUUUAUCCAUACUUAGGCACUCACAUUUAAGCAGUGUCAGGCCUGCUUUAAACUACUUUAAGAGAAAGCCAACUCAUUAUUCAUAUAUGAAUUAACAGUAACAUAAAACAAAGCCUAAGUCUCAGUGAUUUUUUAAUUACUAGAUUUGUUGCAUUACAAACAGCUUGUCAUGGAGUGUGAUAUUGCUUAGGUUGGUUCAUUUGGAGCACAGGGUACUACUAUGUAAUGCAACUCAUUUGAGCAGAUACAGUCAUUUAGACUUCAAAUAAUAUUGUCUGUGUAUCAUUUUAUAUUUUAGAAAGAUUAUAUAUUUUAUUGCCAGUUGAGAAUUCAUUACAAUCUUUUUAAUACAGGCAAAGCAUUGCCUUUUAUGGGUGUGUUUUCCCUUCCUUCCUUUCCUUUCUUCUUCCCUCCCUUCAUCGCUCCCUCUCCACUUAAUGCAACCCAAUUUUCUUCAGGCAGGACUACAUAGGUGGGAGAGUAAAGGGUGUGGAGCUGGCAGGAUAGUACUGUUGACUGACAUAAACUGUUUUCUUGCUAAGCUUAUUCUGGUAGAAAAGAUUUUUCUUAAACUCAUCAAUGAGAACUUAGUAGGACAGGCCUUUAAGGAGAUUGCUCAGGAAGACGAUUAGUUCAGAACUGAACUGUCCAUAUUCAUUUGGUAGUUAUAUUUCAGUAGUUGGUUAUACUAUAUAAUAAUGACAGAUUUCCCUUCUAUUUAGUGCUAAAUCCACUCUACUCCUCUUGGGAUCUGACUACUAAUAAAUCAGUGUGUUGAAGUGAGUAUGCAACCUAGCUCUCUAACCCAGAGAGAAUUCUCUCUUAAGAAUUUGGUUCUUUAAAAAUGUGUUCAUUGGGUUUGGGGGGUAAUGUUUUGAUGAUAAUCAAGAAAUUGUUCACUGCAAAAAUAUAUGCUGUGCAAAAAAUAACAUGUGUAGAUGGUCCCAAGCUGUAAAGUCAGAUAAUAGCAUCUACUUGGUCAACCGCUACAACAAGUAAUAGAUUUACUUUGGCUUUGGAUAGAGUCCUCCCGGUUCUUUCAUGGUGUCAGAAAUACAGCCACCUAAAACCAUAGCCCUGUAGAGCAACUAUUGCUGAUGUGUGUUAGCAUCUUCUUAGAGUACCUAAGUCCUAGGUUCUUAGUUUCAUGCUUUAAGUUUUUCUACUUACUGCUUUUUAAGACAAAUUUAUGGUCAUAUACACAUAGAGAGAGACAUGCACAAAUACCUUUCGUCUGGCCACUUUGCAAUAAAUAAUUUUUGUUUUGGCUAGUUUUCUAAAACUUAAUAAAUUUAAUUCACAUAUGUUAGAAUAAAAAUUUCUAAUUAAGAAAUUACCAGACUCUUAUUGAUACAUUUUAAUUUUUAAACUGUAUACUACCAUUAAAAAGGCGUUCAGAUGUGAUAGAUUUUGAUUCAUAUUUUGAUAUAAUUGACUACAAAAUACUAAUCUCUUACUAGAGUCUAGAGUUAAUGAAGGACUGUGAUAAUAAGGAGUCACCUUUGGAGGGAAUUUUGAGGAAGACGGAGCUAGUUGUGUUCUAGUUAGUCAGCAUUUCAUUUUCCAGAAACAUCUCCUUUCUUGAGACACACCCAUGUUAGAAUAAUAAUAAUAUCACAUCCCAUUGAAAACAAAAAAAUUAUCAUUAGGUCAAGUGCGAUAUAGUGUUUUGUCCACAUUUUGAAGUAGGGUGUACAUGGAGUUACUAUAAUAACAUAAGCCUACAAUAAGAAGGAAUUUAAUUCUAAAGUAAAUCUAUCUGUAAAUUUUCAUAUGCAAUGAUCUUUUUUCAUUUAUGCCUUUGUGUAUAAAGUCUUAUUCUCCUAAGAAGUGUUACACAGUAUUUUACUUUUAGUCUAUUCAAGGUGAAGCCAUUUGAACACAGCCACGUAGAACAGAGGUAGGCUAACAGUUGCUGCAGGAAAGUCACCGAUUACCUAUGCCAGUAGAACUAACUGAAUCAAGGACACAGAAAUGCCCUGUUCUCGCGUGUGAUGUCAGAAAAGCAGACUUAAACUUAGUGCGUUUCCAGUGGCGUCUGGUUGUAAGAGUCUUGACAAGAUACAUAUCCAAGAAUUUUAUUCUUAAGAGCAUGGUCCCUUUUAAUACUUGGGAUGGAUUCACUAUUUAAAGUUAGCAUUAUUAUAUCUUAGUGAUGGUUGUGGGAGUUUACUUUUGUGAAACUGAAUUUAACUUUUAGUAGCUUGUUAGAAAAUAUUAAGAGCUAGAAAAUGUUGCUAAAGUGAAUAUUGGACAGUUCGACUUAGAACGUUGUGAGAAAAUAUUGUUCUUGUUUCAGACUCAUUGGGAAUCUUGGGCAGGUUGUAAAGGGACCGUUUCAUUGGAGAAUGCUCUUUAAAUAUCAGCAAUAUUGAGCAACAGGAGCUGAGCAACAGGCUAUUUUGCACAGUACUGUUCAGUGCUAGCACACCUCUGGUUUAGAUUGCUGGAGUUCUUGUCUAUAUUUCUAUCACUAGGAUAGAAUGUUCUAUGAAUGGCCACACAGAGCAAGCAGAUGACAUUUGGAGCCACCAGUAGCCCUUGCUUCCUAUUCGUUUCCAUUUCUGACAGUUCUUUUCAGUGCUCUCGAACAAAGAGAAACUGUCCUGUUUGGUAGAAAGAGUAAAAUUUCAAUUUCACCCCCAAAACACACUGAUGGUAAUUGCUGUAUGAAUGCAUCAUACAUUUAAUCAUGAAAGGGAAUGAUUGAGAUUCUUCUUAUUUAAAUGAAAUAUUCGAUAUAAUAGAAUGUACUUUGAAAUCAUUAAGUCAUUGGCAACACUGUUGCAGCUGCAUACAGAGAACCUUUUGUGCCUUUUUGCCUGCAGUGUUUAUUUCUCUUACAUGAGCUAUGAGAAUGUUGAUUAUUGCACCUUGUUCUUUGGUAAAUAGACUUAAGAAUUUUUCUAAAAAGAGCCAUUUCUUCUUAGAUGAUAGUUACCUUAGUAAACUUGAGAGGAUGUAUCAUAUUUGGAUGUGUUUGAAGCUCAGCCUUUUCUGUAUAAAGAGCAGAAAAUUCCUUUAAAAUGUACUCAUUUGUAUGUAUGUGUGUAUUUAUAUAUUAUAUAUAUGUAGUUAUUUAAAUACUUAAGCAUGAAAUUGACAUAAUGUUGGCGUGGUGACCAGAAGUAGUAAGGUGCUAGACGGUCACAUUAAAAGCACAGCACAGCAGAGUGUGCAAUCAGUCCCUGACUGGUGGGUUUGUAAACUAGGUUCAGUUUUUGAACCACCAGAAUACCUCAUGUGUAAAUACAGUGUUCAUGAUUCAACUGAAAUACAGUUAUUGUAAAAAAAAACAAAAAUGUGAAGCCACUGGCUGGCUUAUGCCUUCUGACUUUGUUUUUCCUCCUUUUUGGAAAGGAGUUGUUUUUGGUUUUGUUUUUUAAAUGGGGUUUACAGCUAGAAAUUUGAAUGCCAAAGUUCUAUUUAUUAAACUAAGAGAAAAAGUUUUCAAUGUUAAUGGCUAGUAUUUUUCCACUGGACUAUUGUUUGUUGAUGUUGGAAUUUGUAUUUACAGAGAAAUAAAUUUUUUACAAAAAUA